AUGUCUGCUUCAUCUUUUUUAGCUCCACAACAUCAAAUCAAAGGCCAAGUUGCUCUUAUUACUGGUGGUACCAAAAACUUGGGUGGUGAAACUGCCAAGGAAUUGGCAAGAUUGGGCGCCAACUUAUUUUUACACUACAGGUCGGACCCUGAGCAAGCUAAGAAGUUCCAAGUUGAAUUGGCCAAAGAAUACCCCGAUAUUAAAGUUGAGACAUACCAAGCAGCUUUGGAAAAAGCUGACGACUUGACCAAAUUGUUUGCCGCUGCAAAGUCUGCAUUUCCUAAAGGAAUUGAUAUAGCUAUCAACAAUGUUGGCCAAGUAAUCAAGAAACCAAUCACUGAAUUUACCGAGGCCGAAUUUGAAUCAUUGGACUUGAACAACAACAAAGUCGCCUUUUUCUUCAUCAAGGAAGCUGGUUUGAACUUGAAUGACAAUGGAAGGAUUGUUAACUUGACCACAUCUUUGUUGGCUGCCUACACUGAAUACUAUGGUGGUUACCAAGGUACCAAGGCUGGUGUUGAGUUCUAUUCCAAGGCUGCUUCAAAAGAAUUGCACUCUAGAGGUAUCACUUCAAAUUGCGUGUCGCCAGGUCCAAUGGAGACAUCAUUCUUGAUCAAUUCUGAGCCCAAGGAAGCUGUCGAGUAUUUCAAGACUGUGGGUUUGCACCAUAGAUUGACACAAGUCUCUGACAUUGUUCCAAUCAUUAGAUUCUUGGUCACUGAAGGUAGAUUCAUCACCGGUCAAAACAUCUUUGCCAACGGUGGAUUUACCGCACCUUAG